AUGUCUAAUCUUUUCACGGAAAUGUACAUCUUCGGCGCACCCCUACUCAAGUUGCCCACCGCUAAGAAGCUUGAUCUCGAUCAGCCAGGCAUAAGACAGAGCCCCGAUCGCCUGCGACCCUGUCUCAACAUAUUGCGCACCUUCUUUGAGUACAUCAUUGCCUUGCCGGCGUCCGAGUUCGUCAACUUCUGCGGCAUGGACUGGGACCAUUUCAUCGUCGCCAUCAUCCUAAGUUUCAAGCUGUCUUUCCCCCUCGCUGUAUGUCCGGAGUGGGACGCCGGCGCGGCCCGACACGAACUCAACCUGGGCUACUAUCUGGACAAGCUGGCAUACCAAGAGGCGGACCUCACGCCGGCUUCGAACAAGCCAUCCGACGUCGUCUCCGCAAGCAAGGUCGUGCUCGGCGUGGUGAAGCGCAAGUGGGACAAGCGCCUGGCCGCGCUGAACCCGCCGCAUCCUGGGCCGAUUGACAAGACAAUGGUCGGGUGCCCUAUGCUAGACGGUAGCCUCGAUCCAUUUAUCGAGUUAUGGGAGGAGGAUUUCAUCAAUACUAAGCUACCAUCUACUGUUGGCUCUGUUUCUGGCGCUGGGGGCCCGGCUGAAGUAUCUCAGCCUGCGGUGUAUCACGAUCUUUGGGCGACGAUGACGCUGGGCUGGACGAGGGAGGGAAUGGAUGAUAUCGAUUUUGGCAAUAUAUAA